AUGAUGCAAUUCACUCUAUUGACCAUGGCUUGCUUGAGUGCGGCCUCAGAAACCUGCAAGCCCAAGCUCCGUGUCGAAAACUUUAUCAAUCCAGGUCCAUCGCUGGAUAUGGUGUCAUCUCUGGUCAUCGGCUCAGAAGCUGCAAUGAUCGUUGAUCUGCCACUUGCAGUUCCGCAGGCCGUCGCUUUGGCGGACUGGGUGGCCAAUACCACCGACAAGCCCCUUGUCGCCGUAUUCUCAACUCAUUUCCACCCUGAUCAUUACCUUAGCGGCGAUGCUUUCCUCGCUCGGUUCCCCGAGACUAAGUUCUAUGCCAACUCCAGGGCAGUUGCGUUGAUUGAGAACGAGGUUGAACAAAAGAUCGCCACAUGGAAGAGUAUUCUGGGCUCUGACGCCGUCGUUGACCAACCUGCGAUCCCGAUUCCUUACGACUUUACCUUUUUCACGCUCCCCGGCGACGAGUCCGACCCGAUUCAUCUCAUCAACCCCCUUGUUGCCGACACCAUAGACGAGACACUCUUCUGGAUUCCUUCGAUUUCUACACUCAUCGCUGGCGACGCGGUCUACAGCCAUACAGUUCACCUUUGGUUGGCCGACCUUCUCUCCCCUGCGCUGUCGGAGGCUUGGCUGUCUACACUUGAUUUUGUUGAAAGUCUGGCGCCAAAGAGAAUCAUUCCCGGGCAUUCUUUGACCCUGCGCGGCUUUGGGCCGAAAAUCGACCUGAAAUAUUCCAGGGAUUACGUCAAAUUCUUCAAAGACGAAAUCGAGUCAAAGGGAGAGGAUUUUUACACCCCAGAGGAGAUUUUCAAGCUCAUCGACAACAAAUUCCCAGGGCUUCUCGCAUCCAAGGCAUCAACGACUUCUUUGACGCUGCUGAAUAUUACUGGAGAGGAGUUUGGCCGAGGAGGCAAGCGCCAGGUUCACUACGUCGACCUAGCCGCAUUCAACAGUACCGCAGAGCUCAAGGGUUGGAACUUGGGUAUCAAGGACGAGUAG